AUGACCUACAACAACUUUUCGCCUAAUGGCGGCAUCGGCCUUCCAGGCGCCGGCUUUGCUUCCCGCGGUAAAGGCGCGUCCUUGAAGCGCCUGAGUGUUGCCUCUCCUCCCAAGGUUUCCUCCAUCGCCGAAAACUCGGUCGAGAUUCCGACUCCGCGUACCAGUCGGUCCCACCUCCUUGCUGGACUCCGCACCGCCCCCAAGACUCCAACAUCCGCCCAGCCACCUGCCUCGGCUCCUUAUACGCAGGGCCAGCACGGCUUUGGCAUGGACCCAGGACGGUAUGCGAGGCAGAGCUACAAUGGCAUGAACCACGGCAUCCCCCAAACUGCUAUUGGAUCUGGCUUUUCCGGCAAUAACCGGGCCCCGUAUGCCCAACAGCCCCAGGCCCUCUAUGACCAGGUUUUGGCUCCUCCUCCAGUUCAAUUUGACGAUGCGGACAUUGACCCCAACGUUGCUGCACAGCUGUUGGCUGCCGAGCUGUAUCUCGCGCAGAGGCAGCAACAUCUCCAGCAGCAGCUCUUGAACCUCACAGCCCAGCAAUUUGGGGGAAUGAACCUGAAUGCCAGUGGAGUGCAACAACAGUCGCAGCCGUUUCCAUCGACCCCAUAUACACCGCAACUUAACGCUUAUGGACAGCAAUACCAGAACACUUCGAUGCCACAGGAGACUGGACAACCUGGCGUAUACCUCGCUUACAACCAGCUGACUGGCCAGUACAAUUAUGUCUUGGACCAGAACUUCCAGCAGAACCAGCAGCAGAACGGCGGUGAUAUUCGCACACAGAUGGCCACUUCAAACCUGUCGCACUCGCCGCCUCCGCCAACCCCCAGCUUUACCUCUUCUCCACCCAAGGUCGAUACACCCAUUUUCCAGGUGUCUCCUCCUAAUGAGAUCAACCCGAGCCCGUGGAGUUCCCGCAGCUCGUCUCCACCGAAGAAGUCGGCGUCACCUCCCCAGGACGUCGUCCCUCUCCCGCCUCCAUCUGCGAACGCUUUCCGCCGUGGCCACAAGAAGACCCUAUCUUCGCUUGCGGUAGACGGAAAGAUGAGCGAGACCCCUGAGGGUCCAAAGUCUGCAUUUGUUCGACCCGUGGGAUUCCCGUCGACUCCGAGCAGUGGUACAUUUGGCCCCGGCCAGGCUCGUGCCGGCGAGCACCCUAUGCGCCAACCUCGAGGACCACCUGCUCUUGAGGAACUUCAAGCCAGUCCAACCACCAAGCAUGAAGGCAGCAAGAACUUUGCUACCCGCCAGCGCCGACGAGCCGUUCACAAUCUUGUCCGUGCUGGAAUCGAGCGCCGCGGUGUUCGAUCUGGCAGUGCGGGAAGCAUGACCCCGGUGAGCGAGACUGAGAUGUCUUUCCCCACUGGUUCCGACAACGACUCGGAUAGCGUUCACAGUGCCGGAAGUGGAAGCCUCUCAGGAAAGCCCAGCAUCGGAAGCCUUCGUGCAGCCGCCAAUGGUGCCAUCGGUUCAGAGAGGAAGGAAAUGAAGGAGCGGUCCCGUGACCGAACCUCCACCAAUGGCUCAUAUACCGCAAACAGUGUGAGCAGCGAGGAAGGCUCUGGAGCCCCAGCAGAUGUCAGGCGAACGCCGAAAUAUGCCAAUGCUCGUGCUCACCAGUGCCGAAAAGCGAAAGAGCUCGAUAUUUUAGAGAAUAUCGACGAAGCAAUAGAGGAAACGGGUUCCUCAAUUGUGUAUAUUGCGUGGCGUUGUUCCUCACGUCGCGAUGUUUACGGCUACUCACGACUCGACAUUUUCCUUGCUUGUUUCUGGUCUUACCGUCGCGCAAAGCUGGUUGGUUGCAUUUGGGUGGGUUUAGCAGUGGUCAUAUUUUUCACGAUUACUUCACUUCUUCGCCCCCCUAGUCCUUUCUGUGAUAUGUCCUGUUGGUUUUUGGUACACAUGGGACGUAUUCCAGGGAGGGUUGGAGAGGCUCCACUUUUGGCAGUUCUCUGUUCUUUACAUCCUUUUCUUCCCUUGCAUGCGGAUGCGGUAUCUGGCUUUUCUCCGUUUCUUCUCAUCAUCAUUGUUCGUUCAAAGAAUGGAAACACAACAACACACGAACAGAACCAUAUCCUUCAAGCAAUUGGGGCUUUUUGGAAGGCCGGAUUACAAGAUCAACGAACCUCAAGAGCCUGUGGCUGGUGGUUCCUUGCAUUCCCUUGGUUGUAUUUUGGUAUGGGUGGAUAUGAGGCUGAAAAAUGGUGGACGAUCGAUUGA